AUGUCAUCUUGGUACUCGAGGAUCCUCACCAACACCACGUCGCAGAUCUCGAACCUGCAGAGUCGAUUGUUGCAGAGCGAAAAUGACGGCGAUACCGAAGACGACACUCACGUCUGCAGAGUGCUGAGAGGCUACUACACGGAGAAAGGCCGACCCUUUCCAGGCUGGCUGCCGCCCGACCCAAAGGCACCGCCGCCAGUGACCCCGGUAUACGCCCAACCAGCCCAGCAAGUCGGCUCGCGAUACGGUGGUCUACAGCAGCCACAGCAGCCCGGCCCUGCCACGGGACUGAGCUCGCUCUGGGACAACAACGCGGCAGCGGCGCAGCCCAGACAAGACGCCAUGAGCCUGCGACAGGGCCGCGGGGCCCCGCCGCCGAUGCGAGGCGGAGAACAGCCCGCGCGAUUGAGCCCCUUUGCCCGUGCCGGCGACUCGGGUCGAGAAGAGGUGCAGGCCCGACCUCUGCCCAGCCAGCGAGCGGGCAGCUACCAGCAGAGCGCUGCGUACGGACGAGACGCGACGAGCACGCCGCCGGGCAGCUCAGCGGGCGGUUCGGCACAAGAUCGGCUCAAGCAGCGACUUUGGGGUGGUUCGAGAACAGCAAGCCCAUCUUCUGGCGCAGGAGGCCAAGGACCGUUCCAACCACCAGCAGGCAGAGGAGGGGGAGGCGGCGGCGGCAGCAAUGCUGAUUACGAGGACAGGUUCGCUCCGGGCGGCAUGUACGACGGAGGGAAUGGAGGCGGAGGCGGAGGCGGAGGCGGAGGCAGGCCCUUCAUUGCUUCCAAUUCUCCUUGGUCUAACAACGAGCCUGACUAUGGCGGCGGCGGCGGCGGCGGCGGCGGCGGUGGACGGACGGGGUUGCCUAACGGGCCCAGGCGGCAAGGUCUCCCAAGCGGUCCUCGGAUGCGAUAA